AUGGGCGGCGGCGAUCUCAACCUCAAGAAAUCUUUCCACCCGACACUACGGCGAAACCAGCAGGCCGUCUACGAGGAGGAACAAAAGGCGCUCGCAGAGCGCAAACGGACCCAGCAACGCAUCAAUGAAAUUAAGGAAGAGCGCGCAAAGGAGGAGCUGCAGCGGCAGCUCGAAGCUGCCGGCGGCAAGAAGAGAGAAGACCGAGUCGACUGGAUGUAUCAAGGCCCUACCGAUGGCCAGGUUGGUACAAGCGAAGAGACCGAGGCGUAUCUUCUGGGCAAGCGGCGAAUCGACAACCUUAUCAAGGGCACGGAGCACAAGAAGCUGGAGAGGAGCGCAGGAGAAGAAAGCUUCAUGGCGCUUCAGAAUGCGAACAAUGCACGAGACACAGCAUCCAAGAUUCGAGACGAUCCUCUGCUCGCCAUCAAGCGACAGGAGCAGGCGGCGUACGAAGCCAUGAUGAACGAUCCCAUCAGACGGCGGCAAUUACUGGCCUCGAUGGGGAUGGGGGAUGAAAAGAAGAAGGAGAGGUCGCGGGACAAGGAGCACAGGCACAGGCACAGGCAUCGGCGACACCGCAGCAGGAGCAGGGACGCAGAGGGCGAAGACAAAGACACGAGAGACCAAGGAAGCUUGGCGAGGAUGGAAGCCCGCGGCGGGCACGAUAUGAUUCAGCGGACAGAAGAUAUGGGAGUAGCCACAAAGGGGGUGCUUAUCGGCCCGUCCGCCGAGCGACAUGGAAGACGGCGCAGCGGUGAUUUUACCCGACGCGAUGAGCAUGAUAAUCGGCGUCGGGAAUUUAGUAGAGACGAGGAUCGGGGCCCAUGGAACGGAAAUGGGUCUCGUCAUAACGGCAACAGACACGCUUACGGCAACGGGCGAGCAAGGAUGCAGCCCCGAGGCAAUGACGAUGAUGGAGAGGCAGAAAAGGCUCGCAAACUGGCUGCCAUGCAGUCGGCAGCAUCUGACAUGGACGUGGACCGCGAGAAACGGCUUGCUUUCCUAGAAAAGCAAGACCGGGCGGCACAGGAGGCAGACGACAGAGCGAGAGAGCGAGGAGGUGAACGCGGCUUUGUCAAUGGGCUACACCAGCAGGCCGGCAAGCUUGAUCUGGGAGAGAGAAUGGGACGAAACCGGCAAGGAUAUCAACGGGAUGACGACUAG